GAAGAUAGCGGUGCUACGUCAUCAUUGUGCGCGCCGUGUGCCGUUGAGGAAAGUCGUGUCUCCUCGAAGAGGCGAUUGUCUUAAAAAGAGAAAGGAUGCCUCUACCUGCAGCACUGCUGGCCCGCUUGGCCAAGAGAGGGAUUGUUAAACCGUCAGACCAAGAGGCAGAUGAGGAGAUUAUUGCUGAAGAUUACGAUGACAACAAUGUGGAUUAUGAAGCUACGAGAGUGGAGAGUCUUCCCCCAAACUGGUAUAAAGUGUUUGACACUGCUUGUGGUCUUCCUUAUUACUGGAAUGUGGAGACAGAAUUGGUGGCCUGGCUGUCCCCAAACGACCCAACUGCAGUGGUAACAAAACCUGCCAAGAAAAUUAGAGCCGAGGUAGCAGAUGAAAAAAUUGAGAGGCCGUUUGAGAAGCUAGAGAGAGAGCGGGAGCGGGAAAGAGAAAAAGAGCGGGAAAAGGAACGGGAACGGGAAAGAGACCGAGACCGAGAGAGGGACGAGGGGAGGGACAGAGACAGGAGAAAGCCGAGGAGAGAGGAGGCAGCGCCGUACAGUAAGAACAAAAGAGGGAAAAAAGAUGAUGAGAUGGACCCCAUGGAUCCAAGUGCUUACUCUGAUGCCCCAAGAGGCUCGUGGUCAACUGGCCUGCCCAAGCGUAAUGAAGCCAAGACGGGUGCAGACACUACGGCGGCCGGGCCCCUGUUCCAGCAGCGGCCCUACCCCAGUCCAGGGGCCGUGCUUCGGGCUAACGCAGCUAACCAAACACCCAAAGAAUUCCGGGCGUAGAUCCACCUUCACGUGGUCUCCAUCCUCAAAGCCGUCCGGCACUUUGUUUUGCAUCAACAGGGGGAUGGCGAGGUUCAGGUUGAUGUCUGACUGAGGGCCGUUUUGCCACAGCUCAAGCUGCCUCCGAGAGUCUACGAGGCGGAGUUAGAGAUGCACAAGGAGCUUUGCAUGAGGGGUUAUGAUCACCUGGGCCUUCCACCCCCCCCACACACACACACAUAUUAUGAGAGAGGGCGAGUGCAAUCACUGGCACCGACAACUCACUGGCAACUCACUGGCACCUCAGUGGCAAGUCUGUGGCAAGUGCCACAGACUUGCAUAGAUAAUGUAUUUUUUUAGACUUACUUAAAAUAUGCAAUACGAUAUUGCUGUACAAUACUGCUGUACUAUAUUGAAUAUUGUUUUGCUACUACUACGUUUCACUUCGUAAUAUAUAACACUUAUAUACCAUGAUAUGUAUAAUGUACCCGCCUUUCUUUAAUAAUAAAAAAUAUAUAAUUAA